UACCGCCCACCCAGGAUGCGGCUGGGCCGCCGGGCCCUCUGUGUGCUGGUCCUGCUGCUCGCCUGCGCCUCGCUGGGGCUCCUGUACGCGAGCACCCGGGUCGCACCGGGCCUCCAGGCACCUCUUACGCUGUGGAUGCCCCGGCAGGGCAACCCCAGGCCAGAAUUGCCAGGUCUUGCCCCCGAGCCCCGGUACGCACACAUCCCAGUCAGGAUCAAGGAGCAAGUGGUGGGGCUGCUGUCCACAAACAAUUGCAGUUGUGAAUCCAGUGGGGGGAGCCUUCACCUCCCCUUCCAGAGGCAGGUCCAAGCCAUUGACUUCACCAAGGCCUUUGACUCUGAGGAGCUGAGGGCUGCGUCUGCCUUGAGGGAGCAGGAGUUCCAGGCCUUCCUUUCAAGGAGCCAGUCUGCUGCUGACCAGCUGCUCAUAGCCCCUGCCAACUCCCCACUACAGUACCCACUGCAGGGUGUGGAGGUCCAGCCCCUCAGGAGCAUCUUGGUGCCAGGACUGAGCCUGCAGGCCACUUCUGGUCAGGAGGUAUACCAGGUGAACCUGACUGCCUCCUUGGGCACCUGGGACGUGGCAGGGGAAGUGACUGGAGUGACUCUCACUGGAGAGGGGCAGCCAGAUCUCACCCUCGCCAGCCCAGGGCUGGACCAACUCAAUCGGCAGCUGCAACUGGUCACUUAUAGCAGCCGAAGCUACCAGGCAAACACAGCAGACAUAGUCCGGUUCUCCACCGAGGGACACGAAGUUGCCUUCACCAUACGCAUAAGACACCCACCCAGCCCUCAGCUGUACCCACCUGGGUCUCUACCCCUGGGAGGUGAGACUGCCCAGUACAACAUCAGCGCUCUGGUCACCAUUGCCACUAAGACCUUCCUUCGUUACAAUCGGCUACGGGCACUCAUCGCCAGCAUCCGCCGCUUCUACCCGACAGUCACCGUGGUAAUCGCCGACGACAGCGACAAGCCAGAAAGUAUUAGAGGUCCCCACAUCGAGCACUAUCUCAUGCCUUUUGGCAAGGGCUGGUUCGCAGGCCGGAACCUGGCCGUAUCCCAAGUAACCACCAAGUACGUGCUGUGGGUGGACGACGACUUCGUCUUCACGGCGCGGACACGACUGGAGAGGCUUGUGGACGUGCUGGAGCGGACGCCGCUGGACCUGGUGGGGGGCGCGGUGCGCGAGAUCUCCGGCUUCGCCACCACCUACCGGCAGCUGCUGAGCGUGGAGCCCGGCGCGCCAGGCCGCGGGAACUGCCUCCGGCAGAAGCGCGGCUUCCACCACGAGCUCGUCGGCUUCCCAGGGUGCGUGGUCACCGACGGCGUCGUCAACUUCUUCCUGGCGCGCACUGACAAGGUGCGCGAGGUCGGCUUUGACCCGCGCCUCAGCCGCGUGGCGCACCUGGAAUUCUUCCUGGAUGGACUUGGUUCUCUUCGGGUGGGCUCCUGCUCAGACGUUGUUGUGGAUCAUGCAUCCAAGUUGAAGUUGCCUUGGACAUCAAGGGAUGCUAGGGCAGAGACUUACGCUCGGUACCGUUACCCGGGAUCACUGGAUGAAAGUCAGGUGGCCAAACACCGCCUGCUCUUCUUCAAACACCGGCUCCAGUGCAUGACCUCAGAGUGA